AUGAUGCAAAUAUCACGUCCUUCCUCUCCAAGUGUCUUGACAUUUUCCAAAGAAACCAAACUUGCACGAAACGCUUCAGUAACCCUCGCCAAUGUACCAACGACUGGUUUACAUGGAAUCCUACAACCUACUGGUACAGCUGCCAGUAAUAAUGCUGCUGUCAUCCCAGGACCAACUAAACGACAUACCACACACGGUGGCCAUAAUGUGAUUUCCCACAACUCGUUCAUGAGUAGAGCAGACGAUCGAGAUGCCAUGCUGUCGCCACAUAUUAGACAGGCUAUACUCGACAAAGGAAUGGAACGAAGUUUCAAAUACGAGCCUGAACGGGUUACAUGUCGAAAGGUGGAUCUUAUGGAGGUUCGAGACUAUCCAAGGAUUGUUUCUGACCGGACAAAACGUCACAAGGCUGUAUACUCUUGUGGAUUUUGUGCAGAUACCAAAGAGGUUUAUCGAGCGUUGGGUGAUCCGGUACUGAAUUCAGAAGCUUUGAUACUUCAAGACCCAAUGCAUUUGGAUUCAAACCCAUUCGAGCAGUCUUACAAUGAGCAAUUAAGUGAAGCUCAAGAAGACAAGGUGUAUUUCGAAAAGGUUGCUCAAGGGUUGGAGAGAAUAGCUGCAGUGCAACCACGAAGAAGCAACGGACAAUCAUAUCUCAAAGACAAGAUUGCCCAGUCCAAAGCACGAAUCCAUUCAGUCAAGUUUGGGAUAUCAUACAUGGAAAUAUGCGAGCAACUAGACCAGACGAUCAGGAAAGAAGAAGAAGAGAGAGUCAAACGUGCACGAAGUAGUCGACGAUCAUCGUUUCAUGCCAAUGUUGGAGAUGGGACUAAGCAAGUGUAUUAUUCUGGACUUCUUGAACGAGCAUUGAAUGGACGCACACGAGCUCCAACGGAUGGAGGUGACUCUAUUGCAUCGAAAGAGAGACAGAAGAGUGCUGGGUAUGGUGGUGCUUGGUCUGCUACAAGACCUGCAAGCACCAAAGGCAAAUCCACAUCAGCAACAAUAUCACCAAGCCAUCUAAACAUCCCAGACUCUGUUUCAACAACUCUCAAACCCAUAAACACAACAUCUCUAAUACCGCCUUCAAGUAGUAGACUACCACUGGCACCACAACACUCGAUCGUGCAACAGCAACAGCAAAACUCGCAGCCAAAUUCCCCAACCACGAAAUCACAAGCAAGUAUGGAGUCACAACUGGGUGUGAUACGUGAGCGAGCAGCACCAGAUCCCAUAGAGAGAUUAUUGCAAGCAAGGGACUUGAUAAAUUCUGAAAAGGAUAAGAUUACAGAGUCUUUGGUCAAGAGUUUGGAAAGGGCAGACGCUGAACGAAAAGUCAUGUCGUUGAGGAAGUUGAGGGCGUUUGAUGUUGGCAAGAACGCCACGGUUGAAACCGAUUUGCGAAAGAUGCGCGAGAAAGCAGUUACAGCUGAUGCGAGAUUCGCUGCAAUAAACCGCCAACCAAAAGUGGCGAAUCAAGGAACAGAUUUUUGGUUGGGUCAUUGA